AUGUCGGAAGUUUCCUCUUCCAUUGAACACUCAAAUCCAAUUGUUUCUUCUGAAGAAUGCUCCUCAAACACUUCCGAAGCUGUUAAUAGAGCUACUUCACCAGAACAAGAACCUGUCUUUCGCUUUAAAUACCAUUGUGCAUCCAUAAUCGAUGAUAUCCUACGUCAAACUGGUGCAAUCGUAAAAUCCUUUCCAAUUUAUAUUAAUUCAUUUCCAAUAACUGAUAAACUUCGUCAGAUCUUUUUAUUACCAAAAUCUUCAAAUUAUACUUUAUUCAAUGAUGAUGAUCGUAAUGAGUUUAUUUUUCAUGUACUUCAAAGUAUUUGCCUUGGUGGUGACAUUUGUCAAUUUGAAGAUGAGAUUGAUAAUGUUCAAAGAAAUACAAGUACUGGAAAUUUAAUGGUACAAUCUUAUGUUUAUAAAAUAAAUAACUUACAAGGUACUUUAUUAUCAUCAUCAUUGUUUCCAAUUUCUGAAAGUAAUGAUGAAAAUACAGAUGACAUUCCCUCUAAUAAUUUUUGUUACGUUACGGUUGAUCCUGUUAAAAGAUGGGUUAAUGUUUGGUAUCAUGCUGCUUGUGAAUAUUUUUGUUAA